AUGAAGUUACCAGGUAUCCGCUGUAGUAAUCGAACUUGUAAGAGGUUAAAAAAGUGGGCAAGAAGUGGUCACACAGAUAAAUGGAGAGGGGCCGAAGCAGGACAGGAACAAGAACAAGAAGAACAAGAAGAACAAGAACAAGAACAAGAACAAGAACAAGAACAAGAACAAGAACAAGAACAAGAACAAGAACAAGAACAAGAACAAGAACAAGAACAAGAACAUGAACAAGAACAUGAACAAGUGCAGUUAAACUUUUGA